CCUUGCCUGCCGAGCAUUGUCGAGACUCGCGAGUCUUUGCUGUGCACUUUAUCGAGUACGAGAGAGACAGAGAGUGUGCGCUAGUCCGCGAAAGGGCGAGGCAGAGAGGAAAAGAGGGGAUUGCAAAACAAAGAUCCACUAGACCCGACCCGACCCGACCACGAACGCCAGGCCAGUCCAGACCUUCAGACCAGUCGCAGUUCACGUCGAGGAUCUCGUCUUUCUCCCCUCUGCCAUCAGCCAGGCUGACUGCCAAGUAGCUGCUGCUGCGUAGAGAGAAACAUGCGUCGAUGUGAAUGAAAGAAAAAGUGCUGAAGUACGCAGACGCGAGAUCUAUCCGUGGUCAAAUUGCCUGCGCAUGAAAGGGACGCGAGUAAGACGGGGAAUCGAGUUUAAUCGACUGUCGCACUGAGUGUGAUCGUUCUCGACGAGUUGGAUAACGAAGGCUGGAGAGGUUGGAAAUCGGCGAAAUUUUUGAGUGGGAGAGACAGACAGGGUGCGCGCGCAUACCCGGAGGGAGGAGGGAGAACGAGAGAGAGACUAGUUCAGGUGGUGGCAUAGACGGGAAUCGAGAAGUCAGGACGGACGGGUAGGAAGAGGCGGAGGCUGUGUCAAGAGUAAUAGUGGUUGAGACGCGGGUGAGAGUGGAGGGGAGGAGUUUCAGAAGAGGCAUUUGAAAGGCAGUCAAGAUAGACAGAGUAAGAGAGUAUGCUAGCUCUUUUAACAUACAUAUGGAUGCCAACGGGGAGGGUAGGGGACCUGGGGAAGAUUUGGACGUGGUGGAUCAUGGAGAUGGAGACGCGAGUCAUGCGAAUCUUAGAGGAGAUAUGAAUGACUUUCAAGAGAUCGAUCUGCUAGGUCAGAGUAGGAAAUUGGUGUUAGCCGUACGCGAGAUGGGAGCGGGAGUGGAGGAAAUAGACUUGGAAAUGGGUCCCGGCGAGGACGACCCUAAUUUUGGGCCAGGAAAUAGCGAAGGCAACGAACCGCAGGGGUUGUUAGAGCUUACUCCUAAGCAGCAACCAAGGAAAAAGAAGAAGGUUGUCAAGAAGUGGAGAGACGAAUGGGCUGAAACUUACAAGUGGGCCUAUGUCGCUGUCCACGAGAAUACUCCCAGAAUAUUUUGCUCCAUAUGCAAGGAAUAUGGAAGAAAACACCGGAGAAAUCCGUAUGGUAACGAGGGCAGUCGGAACAUGCAGAUGAGUGCUUUGGAAGAGCAUAAUAACAGUUUAUUGCACAAAGAGGCGUUGAGGCUGCAGAUGGCAUCGAAAGAUAAGGGCCUCGGACUUAUUGAUCGACCACUCUAUAUCAAAGGUCCUAAGGCCCUCGAACGCAAGAACCAAUACUUCGGUCUUAACGAUAAAACACUUAUGUCCAAAAGUGCGGAGUCAAUUUUAGAAGCUGUGAUAAAGCGAGAUCCUCACGAAGGAGAGUUCAUACAGGCUGUUUCGGAAGUGGUGCACUCUCUUGAAGCUGUCCUUUCCAAGAAUCCGCAAUUCGUACACGUCUUAGAGCGGCUGUUGGAACCGGAGCGUGUAAUUAUGUUCAGAGUACCUUGGGUCGAUGACAAGGGAGAAAUGCACGUUAAUCGAGGUUUUCGGGUCCAGUUCAAUCAAGCGCUUGGACCUUAUAAGGGCGGUUUGCGGUUCCACCCUGGAGUUAACCUAAGUGUUAUGAAGUUUUUAGGUCUGGAGCAGACUUUAAAAAAUGGCGUUACAUCUCUCAACCUGGGCGGGGCCAUGGGGGGUAGUGAUUUUGAGCCUAAAGGCAAGAGUGAUAAUGAGAUGAUGCGUUUCUGUCAAAGCUUCAUGGAAGAGCUCUAUCGUCAUAUUGGUCCAAACCAGGAUACUCCUUGUGGAGACAUAGGCGUGGGAACAAGAGAGAUAGGAUAUUUGUUUGGUCAGUACAGGCGUUUAACAAGUCAAUACGAGAGUCUGCUGACGUGUAAGAGUCCUCCGUGGGGAGGUUCUCAGCUACGGCCCGAGGCUACGGGCUACGGCCUGGUAUACUUUGCCAAGGAGGUUCUUGCAGAUCUGGACAAGGACUUGAAAGGCCUGAGGUGUGUAGUCAGUGGUUCCGGGAAAGUAGCCAUGUAUGCCUUGGAGAAGCUGAUUGCGUUCGGUGCUAUCCCAGUUAGCAUAUCCGAUUCACGGGGAUGCAUAAUUGAUGAGGAUGGUUUCGACUUUGCCAAACUCAGCCAUUUGAGGGAUAUAAAAAAUCAUCGCAAGAGUCUUAGAGAGUACACCAAAACUCAUUCCCGCGCCAAAUAUAUCGACGAUGGAAAGCCUUGGGGAGUGAAAUGUGAUAUGGCCUUCCCUUGUGCGAGUCAAAAUGAGCUCAACCAUUCUGAUGCUAUGGCCUUGGUCAAUGCCGGCUGCAAAAUAGUUGUGGAAGGCGCCAAUAUGCCUUGUACAACGGACGCUUUAGAGGUGUUUCGGAAGUCCAAGAUAGUAUACGCGCCUGGAAAAGCAGCAAACGCAGGAGGGGUCGUGAUUUCGGGACUCGAGAUGGUUCAACACAGCGGAAGGAUCCAGUGGUCUGCUGAUGAAAUCGACAGUAAGCUACAGGAGGUGAUGAAAGAGAUUUACCUGAAAUGUAAGAAAGCUGCAAAUGAGUUUGGAAUUGGACUUGGGAGCCCAGAGUCACUAGUCCACGGAGCAAAUAUUGCGGCCUUCUUGCGUGUUGCAAGGGCGAUGUUGGAGCAAGGUUGCGUUUGAAGACCGCUUCAAGUCGAUUAUUGUCGCAGACGAAUGGUUCAACUUCCAGUGCUGAGCGUAACAUGGCUACAUGGUGGUGAUCAAACUCAACACAUUUAGUGGAGAAUUGAGUAGUGUGUAUGAAUCUUGAGUAGGAACACCCGAAAACGGUUUGAAGCAUCUGUCGAUUCCACCCUUUCUCCUUCUCCAUUAAUAUAUUUCCAACAGACGUAACCACCAGGAAUAUAACCAGCAUUUUGCGUUAACAUCACAGAGUAGGUUCGCUUAGUCAUGCCGUCAGCCGUCAAUGUUCAUUUUAACUGCCUGAGGCGCUGCCAGGAGACGAGUGUAGAUCAUAUCCAUAGGCAAUACCAGUGUGGGGUAUAUGGGCUCAUCUCAAUCAUUACGCUUUGGAUACAUGAAGUUCUAAACCACAUUUUUUUGGGGGUCGUAAGAGUAAGGCGGGCACAGUUCAGUGAGUUCAGCUGCAGGAUUUACUUCGAGUAUCAAGCUUUGUUCUACACAGAGCUAAUCAUCCUUCAGGAGUGGAAUGUCUCGAGAGCUUUUUUUUAUCAAUAAGGUCAAUUUUAAUGUGGCCUCAACCGCUCAGCCUGUUAGAGUCGACUUUGGACCUGAUUAAGGUACUUCAACUACAGAUCAUACAUAGGAGCUUGUGUGCACAGUUCAUUAAGGACUCAGAAAGGACCCCAUUAUAAGCCUUACUGUGGUUGGGAGGGGUGCCCGACUAGAGGUUGUUGGAGAAGUGCGCUCGAGUACUUGACUAUUGCAAGUAAAGCUAAUGCCAAAUGUUUGUAAGCUUUCGUUAACAGUAUAUAAUUGUACAACUUGAAUGUCUUCUUUGUAUAAAGUUCAAGCAAGGGUAUUUCCU